AUGGGGGCAGACACGGCCUAUUCAGCUUCAAGCCAGCCGUCAGGCCUGUACCCUGUACUGUACAUAUUGCCGGGUUUGCCCAGAAUUCUUUUUAUCCUCUCGUUGAGGGAGAAGGAGACUGUCUCCUUUCUGAGGGUCAGGGGGUUUAUGCUGCUGCUGCAGCAGACACAGACCCACCUGCUGCAGCAGCAGCACCAGCAGCAGCAGGAGCAGCAGGAGCAGCAGCAGGAGGAGGAGCAGCAGGAGCAGCAGGAGCAGGAGCAGCAGCAGGAGCAGGAGCAGCAGGAGCAGCAGGAGCAGCAGCAGCAGCAGCAGCAGCAGCAAGGCUGCGCCCUGUAUUGGUAUUUGUUGCGUCGAGGAGACAAACGAGAUUAA